AUGGACGAGAAGGACUUUAAGGAUUUCCAGAGCUACGACGCGCGCAGCGUGCGGAGCACGUCGACAACCUCCAGCGGCAGCACCCACGUGCCGCCCGUCAUCGAGUACCACCAGGCCAACGAGAGAGAUGUCGACCGGUACCGGAACAGCUUCGGCGCUAUCAUCGACACGACCUACAUGCAACCGGGUGGAGACGACGUAUACGAUGCCAAGGUCAAGCUGCUGAACGAGGCCCUCUUGGACAUGGGUAUGGGCAAAUAUCAGUGGCUCCUCACGGUCGUGACCGGUCUCGGCUGGUUCCUGGAUAGUUUUUGGAUGUUCUCGUUCGUCUUCAUCCAGCCCGCCAUCACCAACGAGGCCAAGUUCUACACCAGCAAUGCCGCCUUCCUAACUGUGUGCCAAUAUGUCGGCCUUACUGUCGGCGCCUCGGUUCUGCCCAUGCUGUCCGACUUCAUUGGCCGCAAGACCGUCUUCAACUUCUCGCUUGCCCUCAUGUGCAUCACUGGCCUCAUCGGCGCCGGCAUGCCCACCUUCACCGGCCUCUGCGUUGUCGCUACCUUCAUGAGCGUCGCCGCCGGCGGCAACCAGGCCGUCGACAGCUCCAUCUUCCUGGAGAUCAUCCCUGCCUCGCACCAGUACCUCUUGACCAUGCAGGGUGCCUACUCCGGUCUUGGCAAGCUGGUCGCCGCCCUCGUCUCUUGGCCUCUGAUGGCCAAGUACUCGUGCGCCGCCGAUGCGACGACUGAGACGUGCAACUACGCCAACAACAUGGGCUGGCGCUACGCGUGGUGGACGCUCGGCGCCAUCACCGUCUUCUUCUGCAUCAUCCGCUACUUCUUCACGCUGCACGAGACGCCCAAGUUCCUGCUAGGCCAGAACCGCGACGCCGACGUGGUCGCCACCGUGUCGGCCAUCGCGCACUACAACGGGCGCCAAACGUGGCUCUCGCUCGAGGCCUUCCAGCACAUCGAGAAGAUCCACGGCCCGCCCACGCUGCGCGCCACGGCCGCCAACAGCUCCAAGGCGCGCCUGUGCCUGCAGCCCUUCCGCCCCUCGUGGCUGCGCAACAUCUUCUGCACCCGCAACCUGCGCACCAGCACCACCGUGCUCAUCGUCAUCUGGUCGCUGAUCGGCAUCGCCUUCCCGCUGCACGGCACCUUCGUCGCGCGCUGGCUCGCCUCGCGCUACCCUGCCACCGACGCCUUCAGCACGUCGCUCACCUUCCAGACGUACGUCUACACGGCCCUCUGCGCCAUCCCCGGCCCCAUCGUCGCCGGCUUCCUCGUCGAGACGGAGCGCCUCGGCCGCAAGCGCACGGGCGCCAUCGCCACGCUCCUCGCCGGCGUGCUGUCCUUCCUCUACGCCACCGCCCGCACCCAGGGCGACGUCAUCGCCUGGCAGUGCGUCCUGGCCUUCGCCCAGAACGCCGUCGUCAGCCUGAUGUUCCAGUACGUCUCUGAGACCUUCGCUGCGCCCAUCCGCGGCACCGGUAUGGGUGUUGUCGGCGCCGCGGCGCGCGCUUCCGGCCUGGUCGGCGCCCUCGUCGUCGCGCUGUGCGACAGCAGCAGCAGCGCGCCCGUCUGGGUUGGCAGCGGCUGCUGGGUCGUUGCCGCCGGUCUGUGGAUGGCCCUGCCGUAUGAGAUGAGGGCGAGGGCGUCGAACUAA